AGAACAUCAUGGUCUUAGCCAGACCGGGGAGGGCUUUUCGGCACAAAAGCAAGUCGGUUUGAGGACGGACUAUGAGAAUGGGGACAGUGAAGAAGUGGUUGAUAUCUCCGAAAUAGGGAACAUAUCUGAGAAUGGUACAAAUAAUCGCAAUGCCAACAACAAUGUUACUGUUGAGACGCAGGUGGAAGACGAGCGACGAGUAAGGAAGGACAAGCGAGGCCGAGAUGAUGUCCAGACAAACAAUGUGAAAGUUCCCGAAGGACUUUCUGACAGCAGCCGUGCCAGGAUGAAGCAUGUAGUACGGUCAUCUAAUAAGCGCUCGAUUCACACUGUUGGCCCUGAAACGCCCACCAAGAAACCAAGAGGUACUGGUUCUACGUCGACAACUCAACUGCAGUCGGCUGCGAGCGCCACAACAGGAUCACCAACCGACCAAUCCUACUGGGAAGAGUGGGACAUGAAAAGAGAGCCGCAUACGUCUCACGCAGCUCAUACGACAGGAACAAUCAAAGCGAUUCGCCUGUGGGACCGAUUUUGUCGACGACCAGGGCUGUCAUUCGCGAAUAGUGCAUAUCCACAGGGUGUCAGUCCACACCGUGUAAACAUCCUUGUGACAAUGGUUUUGGCCGUCGGCAACAGUCAUGGAUUCGGCGCUCUGAAACGAGCUAUGGUCGCUGUACAACAAGGCGGAGCCCCGUCGACGGCUGAUGUCUUUAGCAAUGAGCCUCAAAGGCUAGUCAGGACCCUAACGGCCAUCGAUACAGCCGGUGAAAUGUACGGCUACAUGCGAAGAUUCGCACUGGCUAGGUUGGCGAAAUUGUAUCGCAGCACAACAGCAAAUGCGGGUCGGCUCGUGACCAACGAUGAAGACGCAUGGAUUUCAAGACGAAGGCCCCCUACAAAGGUCGACAAGGCUAAGGCGUAUUGCUCAAUGAUCGAACACAUCUGGGACACGGCUUUCCCUGAUCACUACAAAGGCCAGGCCAUGACCAAGAGUGGUCUGAUAGACUCGAAUGCUCCGGAUGCGGCUCGGUGGAAUCAAUGUAAACGAAAACUGUCCAAACAGAUCGAAGCCGGCCAGCGCUGGCUUUCAUGGGCGGAACGUUUUGGUUGGUCUUCUCUUGGCUUGGUGACCCGCGAUUGGUCGAUUGGAGAUGUUAAAGUAGUGGUCAGUGACAGAAUUUUCGAAGAGACGUUGACAGCACCCGAGCACGUCGCGCUUCUGAACGCGGUCGAUACGGAAAAAGGUCGAUUUUUGCGACAGCUGGACCGCGCAUUGGGUGGGAGUCUGUUUGAAUUACUACAAGACCCGAGUCGAGCAGAGACCCUCCCUUUACUGAAGUUGGACGACGAAGAGAUUAUGACACGGCCGGACUGCGAUCCUCGGUGGGUUGUCGAGCUAACUUCUCAGGAAAGUACACCGGAGUAAGAUAUGUUCCAAUUUUACGAUAAUAAAAGUAUGCUGCAUGAAAUCACCCGAAGGGGAUCUAACCUUUCUCUCUU